AUGGCCCAGCCUCAAAUCCCCGUUGGCGAAUAUCUAUUCCGUCGCAUCGCCUCGCUCGGUAUCCGACAUAUUUUUGGCGUACCUGGCGAUUUCAACCUGACGAUUCUUGAUCAUGUCUAUGCUGUACCCGAACUAGAGUGGCUCGGCUGCUGCAAUGAACUCAAUGCUGCAUACGCAACAGAUGGGUAUGCUCGCAUCAGGGAACUUCCAGGUGUCCUCCUCACCACGUACGGAGUCGGCGAGCUGUCAGCCAUGAACGGAGUUGCUGGAGCUUACGCUGAGCAUGCCGGGAUGAUUCACAUUGUCGGCAUGACUAGUCGGCAAGUCCAGAAAAAACGACCGCUGAUUCAUCAUACAUUUGAGCCAAAUAUGGAUCACACCAUCUACAUGCAAAUGAGUGCCCCCAUCAGAAAGUCACAUGCAUUUCUAGUCGAUGAGGAAACGUUGACGGCUGAUAUUGACCGAGCAAUCGAGGAUUGUGUCAAGAGCCGCCUUCCUGUGUACAUCUUUAUUCCUAUGGAUGUUCCUUCACUUCCAGUUCCUCUCUCUGCUCUUGACAGACCGUUGGAUUUGGAAAUCAAGAACGAUGAAGAAAUUGAGUCUGAGAUCCUCGAUAAAAUACUUAACGCUGUCAGUCAUGCUAAGAACCCGUCUAUUCUUGCUGAUGUUCUCACAAUCCGUCACGGCGGGAGGGAGCUUGUCCGCGAGCUGGCUGAUCUAACUCGAUUUCCGACCUUUUCAUGCCCAUUGUCGAAAGGAAUCAUCGAUGAGGACAAACCCUACUAUAUGGGCGUUUACAGUGCAAAUGUGUCAUUUCCUGGCGUACAGGAAGCUCUUGAAACUUCUGACCUGAUCAUCAACACUGGAACUCUGCAAACUGACUCCAAUACUGGUGGAUUUACACGCAAGAUUCCGGAGGAAAAGGUCAUCCUUCUUGAACACGAUAAAUGUGUUAUACUUGGCGAAGAGUUCCCCAAAAUCCACUUUCUCCCUGUUUUGCGUCGACUUAUCGAGGUUCUCAAGGCCAAAGCAGCCCACUUCAACCUUCCAGUUCCACUUCCAGCUACUAGGAUCAAUCCACCUCAACUCCGAUCUGACCGUUCGGGACAGCUGAUACAAGACUUCGUCUGGCAGAGAAUUGGCAAGUUCCUACAACCAGACGACAUAAUCGUCACCGACUGUGGAACAGGCCAAUUUGGAAUGUUUGAUGCCACGUUUCCCCAACGGUCCAGGGCCAUUACAUCGACGUUCUGGUCGGCCAUUGGUUUCUCGGUCGGGGCGUGCCUUGGAGCUUGUGUUGCCGCCCGCGAGAUGAAGCACCCUGGUCGGGUAAUUCUCAUUGUCGGUGAUGGUUCUUUACAGAUAUCCGUCCAAGACAUCGGAACUUGCAUUCGUUUUGGUUUCAAGCCCAUCAUUUUUGUUGUAAACAACAACGGCUACUCAAUUGAAAGAUCCAUCCGUGGCGCUGAGCUGAGCUACAAUGACAUCAACUCCAAUUGGGAUCACCAGCAGCUGCUUAGCUUCUUUGGGGCCAGACCUGACACUGGUAUUGGGAGCUUCAGCACUCAAUGCCAUACAGUAGAAGAGCUUGAUAGUGUUCUUAACAAAGAGGUACUCAAGAAGGCUGAAGAUAUCAGCCUUAUCGAGCUGUUCUUCAGCCCGUUCGACUACCCCUGGCGCUUGGCUACUCAAGUCAGCAAUACCCUUGGCAGACCUCUGGAAAAGCAAGACAAAUUUAGCUAA